UAACUGAGCCGGUACGGGGUUGGGGGGGUUACGGAUGAUUCGGGAGAGACGAGGUUGGCGCACGUAGCGAGAACCGUCGACGUCGACGCGGUCGACCGGACGCGGAAGAAAGAAGAAGAACGGAACAGCGAGAGAAAGAAGACUUCUUUCGCGCUCGAGCGUCGACGAGCUUGUCAGCGAACCGUUCGCGACCACCGACAAGAGCGUAACGAGUGUACGGCUGGACAACCGGGAGAUCGAACGGGAGACGAGCGACGCACGAAGGGAUUAAGAGAACGAGGCUAAUAGCGGCGACGAUGACGAUCGAAAGAAACCGAUCGAGAACGGUUUCGUCGCUCGAGAAGACGAUUUUCAAGGAAAAAGAGGGGCAACAGUCGAACGACCGCGAAGGAAUCUCGUUCGUCCGUGAAAAUAAUGGAGCAACAGCAGACGUUGUCCUCGUCGAUUUAGAGACGCCUUUACUAAUCGUCGCGUUGCUUGAAUUUCAGGUUGGUUCCACGAAAAACGAACGGAGUAAUGUCGGACGAGACAUUAGGAAGGAAGAGUCGACGGCAACGCGUUCGAGUGUCACCGAUCAAGAAACAAAAUGUACGGCAUUCUUUAGCCGCGAAAAAAGAAAGAAAAAACGAAAGAAAGGGAGGGAGGGAGAGGGAGAGAGAGAGAGAGAGAGAGAGGAAGAAAAAAGAAAGAGAGAAAGGAAUAAAAGAGAGGGGAAGCAUCUCGCGAAACAUCAUCAACGAUCGCUCAUAGCCGUAAAGUCAUCUCGAGAAAAUUCACGAGUCCCUCGAGAAUCUCCUUUGCGAGGGAAGAACUCGCGAGGAGAUUCUCCGCGAGUAGAACGUCCGAAUGAGCCCCUUCGUUGAUCCUCCUUCCCCUUGACAUGCUCGUUGUUGCUAAGCUUGAGAACUUGAAUGUUUUUCUUUUUAUCGCAUGGCCCGCGCCGUUGUAAAGAGCAAUCGUGUAAAGAACGAUCGACGCGUUUACGAAAAGAACGCAACGACUAAUCGUCCCGUCGAAACCUCUGUUUCGAUU